ACCUUUUUAUCAUAAUUAAUUUUCAGUUGGAUUUUUGUGGAAUUGACUAUGAAAGAGAUACUUGAACAUGAGGAAAGCGCGAUGGUACAAGAAGAUACUGCACGUUCUUGGUACCGAAAAUCACAUAAUCAUUAUGAACCGGGAGAACAAAUUACAAGAGAUUAUAAAAAGUCCUUUGAUAGAUGUGUUAGAUUUGGCAAACCGCCAAAGAGCCGGGGAUCGGAAUCUCGAGUUAGAAGAAUUUUGACGUGGAUUGAUCACGAACCGGUUACCUUAGUCAACGGUCGACAAGCGGAUUUCUUACAACGCACUAGAUCGUUUGUCGGACAAGUCAAAGAUCCAGAAACAUCGCGUCUUCAUAUAGAUACCGUACACGGUAGGAAGAGUGUCAAAGAUGAAUUAAAUGUAUCAGACGAGCAAGUGCUUUCCUGGUGGCAAUGUCUGCAAGAUUUAAAUGAUUUCCGUCGAAAACUCAAAAAGCGUAUACCGGAAGUGCCGUUUUUAGACAUAGAGGAUGAAUUUUCUUGUCUGGACAAAGAAAAUGUGGGAACUCUACCUGAAGAUAAGAUUUUUCUGAUUUUCGAGAAGCAUCGCAUAUAUCCAAACAAGAAGUUUCUUGUGCCAUUAAUGGACACGUUGCAGUUGCGCACAAAUGGAAAUAUUAAUUACAGAGAAAUGCUGAAUCUCUUGAAUUGGAAGCGUAGUUUACCCGUUCUAUCAACAAUUAAACUACCAGUGAUGAGCCCAGAUUGUACUACGUACAAUGACAGCAUAAAAAAUAUUCAGACAACUGAUAGUACAAGUAUACAUCCAGACACCGAGAACUUGGGCGAUCAAACCUCCGUCCAUUGCUUGACAUCGCCUAGUAUAUUUACGAGAUACGGUUUGACACAUAUAGAUUUUUUCAAAAUGCGCGACAAGGAAGAAAUACGAAGCAUAUUCGAGAACAUCGGUUUCGAAUUUCCAGAGGAGAGUUUUGAUACACUUUGGCAGGAAGGAAUGCGGAAGGAUUGCACCAGUGGUGUGUGCGUUGAAACAUUUCGAGAGCUACUUGCCACGUCAGGUUUCGUAGCAAAGAAAAUUACAUGUGAUUAAAUGCAUAUGAGCUUUUCAUCUUGAAAGAUCUAUAUAGAAAGAUCUAUAAAGAAACUUGUAAAGAAAAAUAUAAAUUGCG